AUGAGCGGGAGUGUAGCGGCAGACUCGGAUCCACUGGCCCCUCUGAGAGAGGCACCCAGCUUGCCCCAGAGAGCAGAGCCAGGCCCCCGGGAGACCAAGAUGACUCUGUGCUACGCCUUUGGAGGCAACAAAGUUCGCAUUUUGCUCAUGAUUCUGUUAGCUCUCUGCUGCUCGGGGCUGGGGCCUUGGCGUCCCAGGGGAGAGCCGCAGACAGCGGAUGGGCCCGCACGUGUCUGCUGGGGUCUCGGGGAUGCUCCAGUUAAGAGGCACAGAGUCAGCGUGCAGGGCCUGACUGCAUCCGGCAGCUCGUCCCAGCCUCUGACCUUUGCAGACAGGGACGUGGUGGUGGCCACCUCGGGCUUUACUGGCAUCCGACAAGAGAAGGGGACCCAUCUUCUGGAGAAGGCACCCCUGCUUCAGGGCCGCAGCCUGCUGGGCAGAGCUGGGGUGCAGCUCGCGGGGCUGGCCCUCUGCCCAGACCGGUGGUCGCCACGCGGGGACGUGAGAGAGCCCCAUGUGGCGAGAUCGUCCUAG